AUGGCGCCUGUUUCCCUCCUUGCCCGCUUCAAAAGUCUCUACUCCGGGCGUGGUAUGUCCUCCACUCAUUUAUCACAAGCACUACUGACAUGCACAGAUGAACCCGUCCUGUCAGUCAACAUGGCUGCUGUAGCUUCUGUCCUUCUGACUCUCGCCUACGUCGUCCCCUUCUACGUCUCCUCCACCACCCGUCCAUCGCCCAGUCUCAGUCGCGAUGCUCCAUCGGUCAUCCGCGCGCGAAUCCGCGCCGUGACUCUAUCCUGUCUGGGUGGCUCCCUGGCUGUACUCUGGAUGAUUCUCAGCAAGACCAAUGCGCCUCUCGACCACGCUCUUCAUCUCCUGGGGUGGUGGCCUAUCGCUCUGGGUGACGUCUUCCGCUCGUUAUUUCUCACGGCCAUUCUAUUCCUAGGACCCCUCUUUGAACGAGGAAUUGCCGAAGGUGAAUGGAAAGAAUGGAUCCGCGGCAGCAGAGUCUCCGAAUCCCUCCGUGGCUGGAUUGGUUGGAGAAACUACGUGGCCGGGCCUGUCACUGAGGAAAUCAUGUUCCGAUCCAUCAUCAUCGCGUUACAUCUUCUUGCCAAAGUGUCCUCCGGACAUAUUGUCUUCAUUGCGCCAGUGUACUUUGGUAUUGCACAUGUUCACCACUUCUACGAGUUCCGCCUGACUCAUCCGGAGACUUCGAUUUUGCUUGCCCUUCUGCGCUCCUUCGUUCAGUUCACAUAUACGACUAUCUUCGGCUGGUACGCCAACUUCCUCUAUCUGCGCACUGCAUCACUGUUCGCUGUCAUCCUCGCUCACAGCUUCUGCAACUGGUGCGGUCUGCCCCGUCUAUGGGGGCGUGUUGAAGCCGGCGUCGCUCUAGCACCACCACCCAUCAAAGGUAAAGAUGAUGAGCGUGCGCGUCCGAUAUAUACUACUCCCGGAGAGCUUGGAAUUGGAUGGACAGUAACGUACUAUGUGCUUCUUGUUGUUGGGGCUGUUGGGUUUUGGUAUGCUUUGUGGCCAUUGACCGAGUCGAGUCAUGCUUUGGCGGGUUUUUGA